AUGGAGUGUACUCAAAGACUUGAGUGUACACAAGAAGUUAAUGGCAGUCCGCAAGAAAAGUCUUUUCCUGAGCAGAUUGGGUUUUUGGGAAUAUGUGGUACAAAAUAUCCCGUGAAGAAAGGUCCAAACAAAAUAGGAAGAGAUCCACAGACAUGCAACAUUGUUUUAAAUUUAAAUUCUGUAUCCAGACAACAUGCUGUUAUUAAUAUUUUAAACGAUAAAGAAUAUAUGAUCAUGGAUUUAGAUUCAGCCAACAAAACAAGAUUACUUGAUAAAACUUUGCCACCAUAUAUACCUCAACCUCUUAAAAAUGGCGACACUGUUCAAUUCGGUCAAAUUUUCGGUGUUUUCCGAUUGCUUGAAGAGGAUAAUGAUCUACCCAUGACACAGGCUUUAGAAAUUCCUGAAACACCUAUUGUGAAUAGGCAUAUAUCAAAAUUAAACAAUUUUGCUACUACCACUAUACCGGAGUCACCAGAUGUUAACGAUAAAGAUGAAUCAUUUAUUGUGGCCUCACAACAUAAAAAUGAAAUAGGAUUUAAAAGCCCAAACAAUCACUUUAUUAAACCCGGAAGAGCAAUUGCUAUUCAGCCAGUAGGAACAAAUAAAAUCGAUAAUAUUUACUGGAACUCCUCAAAAAAAUCUGCUUCAUUUGAAAUGCAUUUAGACGAUUCGGGUGAUGAUAUUGUUGAAACUCCAUUGAAAUCUACUGAUAUAGUUUCUAAUAAAAGCAUUUAUGAAAUGGAUACUCAAGUUCCUUUUCUUACUGAACAAAAUCAAUUUUCAGAUGCUAUAUAUAAUGCAAACACUCAGCUACCGUCAAAUAUUUCAUUAUCAUCUAAUACUUCUACCUCGGAAACAAAUUUACCAAAAAAUGAUAAUUUACCUGAGAUACAAAAGAUUCACAACCAACUUGAGAUGAAACUUGAUCUGUUUGUAGAAAAUAAAGAAAAUAAUAAUUGUAUUUAUAAUGCAGAAACACAGCAAUUUGUUUUAAGCAAAGAGGAAAAAGAAGGAAAUACAGGACAAAAGAUUGAUCAAAAAGUUGCAGAAGCUCUUGAAAACGCACCCAAAAAAAGUCUAAAUAUAUCUGAUGAAGAAAUUCUGUUUGACGAAGUGGACAAUGAACCAUUUCAAGAUGAUUUUGAAUCUCAACCUAUAAUAUUAGAAGCGGAAAUUUUAGAUUCCAAAGAAACUAAUACAAGUGUAAAUAAAAACAAUGGUGACCAGAAACUUAUGAAGAGAAGAGUACGGAUAAACAGUGACAGUUCAACCGAUUGUGAAGAUUUUGAUAUGUUGCCUACUCAGAAAAUUCAAGACAAUCAAAAUUUUACAUCUGGGUGUAAAGAAAAUGUACUUAUUACUGAUAAAUUACGGAACAAAAAUACUUUAAAUAUACUAGAAAACCUUAAGACAAAUGAUGACAGUACUGACUGCGAAGAUAAUUUAUUGGAAACUAGAAAAAAAGUAAAUCAAAAUGCUCAUGAUAAGCCAGAUGAUGAUGAUUCUACUGACUGUGAAGAUGAUAUCAUCCCUUGUAAUUCAAAUGCCAUUAUUAAAAAAGAUGAUGAAUGGAUUAAUUUUGAGAAUAUGGCAAUUGAUAGGCCUAAUGAGGCAGACAACAUAAAAAAUAAAACAGUAUCUUCGGACUUAGAGUUUGAAGAUAUGCCGACACAGGUGAUCGAAGAAAUAAACAUUCAAAAUGAUUCGAUGAAUAUCGGUAAAAGUGCAAAAGAAUCUUCAUUUGAAGAUUUACCAACCCAAUUAUUAGAAGUCGAAUCUCCAACGGAAGUAUUUAAACAAAAUGAGAUUGCUAUAGAUAAAAGCCCCUUUAAAGUUCCAAUGUCAUGUUUUAAAAAAAGUAAAAGAAAAGAAGUUAACAAAUCAACUAAUUUGUUAAAUAAAUUUGAAGAGAAAAAAAUGAAAAAUCGUAUAAUGGAUGAUGAUAAUUUCUAUGAAGCAACCCAAGACAUAUUUAAUGAUUUAUGCAGUCAGAAGGAUACAUGUUCAGAUAUUAAGCAGUUAAGCACGGACAUCGGUGGUUGUGGUAUCAUAACUCUAAGUUCCGAAGAAAAAGAGUUGAUUACAAGAAAUUUCGGUGUUGACAUAUCUUCAGAAAGUACUGACGAAGAUCAUAAAAUAAAUAGAUUUGUUACUAAUUUAUCAAAUCAGCAGGUUAAAGAUAUUAUCGGAGUUGAAGGCAAUAAAAUAACCAAGGUAAAAAAGACGCUUAGUGAUAACUCAGAUAUCGAUAUUACGCCUAAAAAACUAAUCCCCCAUGCAUUAAUGGAAACUGAGUUGCCAAAUAGUCAAGAAAUAAAAACAUCUGUGACACUAAGUUCAAGAACACUAGUUACUGAUUCAUCAAGUGAGUCUGAUACGGAACACGAUUCACAAGAUCAGUUUACUCCAAUUCUGUUCCGAAAAAAUAAAAAAAAUAAAAGUGCUAAGUUAGAUUUAUCAAAGAAAUUCGAAGUGGAAAAAUUGCCUUCCAGAAUUAUAACGCGAGUAAGAAAACCUUCCGCGAAAUUACUAAAUAGUGACAUGAAUUCAAAAAAUACUGCCAAAAAUAUAUUAAAACCUAAAUUUAUCACAGAACAAGAAGAAAAUAUUGAUAAAGAAAUUAUAACUGAAAAUAUAUCUCGUCUUAAAGGCAAAACUGAUAAACGUAAAAAUGGCAGUGACGGCGGGAAGUCGGAUAGUAAUAAGAAAUGUGAUGAACAAAAUAAUUCGAAACAUGUGAAAUCAGACACCAACAAUUUACCCAAGAACACUCAAAAUCAGCCAGUUAAUGUAGAAAAAAUAAGUGAAAAGAAAAAGGACGAUAAACUGUAUGAACGAAAACAAAUCGAAACUAAGAAAAAUUCACGUGAACACUUCAAGAAACAUAAAAUAAAUGACCACAAAAAAACAGAUAUAAUAAAAAAUGACGACAAAACGACAAGUGAUAAAUCACUUAAAACAUCAAGAGAAGCCUUAGAAAGGAGUGAUAAAUUAGAAAAAUCACGUAAAGAAUUUCAUAAAGCAAGAGAUAGUACAGAGCUUCUAACGAGAUCUGAAGCAGCAAAUGAACUGUCAAAUCCUAAAGUAAAUCAGGACGACAUAAAUCAAACAUCCAAAGAAGAAGUAAGUGUUACUCGUUCUAGAACUAGACGUAAGAAAAACGAUUGCAAAGAUGAAAUCAAAUGUACUAAUAAAGAAACAAAAGAUAAGACCAAGUUGUCAGAAAAUGGUGAUAAAAGAAAACGUAGUUAUGAAGAUCAAAACCACAAUAAUUCAUCAGCGGUAAAAGAGAUAAGACGAAGCAAGAGACAGAGGACAGUUAAAAAUAACUUGGAAGUAGAUAUUGAACUAUGUACGAAAUCUAACUCAAAAAAAAAUAAACCACUUAAACACGAGCAAAGUACUGUAUACGGUAUUCAUAGUAUCUCAUCUGAAUCAGGAAGAGAUUCUCCGAAUGAUAAAAGUUUUAAGAGACCUUCAAAAGACGAAGUAGUUGUAAAUGUCAAGAAAACUAGGUCAGAAACAAAAUCGGAUGACAGUACGUCAUUAAGAUCUACUCCAAGAAACAUAAAAACACAUCGAGUUUUAUUUACGGCAUUUCCCUCUGACGAAGUCAAAGGAAAAUUGGAAAAAUGGGGUGCGGUUAUUGUAACGGAUGUAACAACGUGUACAGUAUUGCUGACAGUGCAAAUAAAACGGACAUUUAAGUUGCUUUGCGCGGUGGGACUAGGUCGGCCGAUAGUGGGCCUUAGUUGGGUCCAAGCAUGCCAUGACACCAAGAUGAUUGUUGAUCCUUGGAAUUACCUUAUUAAAGAUGAGGCGACAGAGAAACGGUUCCAGUUUAACUUAGAGCAAACAUUAUCUGGGAAGAGGAAUUUCUUGAAGGGAUACAAUGUAUCAUCAACACCCAAUGUAAUGCCCAGUGCUAUGGAAAUGAAAUUGAUUGUAGAAUGUUCCGGUGGGACGUGGAAAGAAGAAGGUCCAAAGUGGAUCUGCGUUUCCUGUAGUGCAGACAAGUCCUUGUGGCCCGCGCUGAAGCGGAAAGGGGCUACAAUAGUGUCCACGGAAUUCAUUCUGGGCGGUGUUUUGAGACAGAAAUUGGAUAUCAAUGGGAAUAAGCUUGCGUGA